GUGUCUAUGUUGUGGGACACACACCUCACGUGGCUGUGCAGCGGCUUCCCAUCGAUUACUCCGCGCGCAGCCCCGCUGUCAGUCUGAGAUUGAUUCACACGGCCUUUUUGGACACACGUGGGUCUCCAGCUGCUAAUAUGGCGGAAGUGGCAGUGCCAGCAGGACAGGCUGCUAUGGGAACGGGGCCUGAGCCGGGCACAGAGGAGCGGGCUGGAAGGGGACCCGGACUCGCCCAUGGAGCAUUGACAGCAGCAGUAAAAGCAGGUCGUACCCCGGUUCGUCGUGUCGCUAACCAAAUCCCUGAUGAAAUCUCCCAGAAUCUUUUACUCUUGGAAGCCAUAUCUGUUCUUCCUCAAAACUACAACUUUGAAAUUCCCAAGACUGUAUGGCGGAUUCAGCAAGCUUCUUCCAAAAGAGUUGCUUUGCAGAUGCCGGAAGGGCUGCUGAUGUUUGCCUGCACUAUCGCUGACAUCCUAGAAAGAUUCACGUCGGCAGAGACCGUGGUGAUGGGAGAUGUGACAUACGGAGCGUGCUGCGCGGAUGAUUACACUGCACGGGCGCUAGGAGCUGACUUCCUGGUGCAUUAUGGGCACAGCUGCCUCAUUCCUAUUGAUGCAUCGCAUGGAAUUCAAACGCUGUACGUCUUUGUGGAUAUAAAGAUCGACACAUCACACUUUGUGGACACCAUUCGUUUUAACUUUCCACAUGGUUCCUCUCUGGCCUUUGUCAGCACCAUCCAGUUUGUGCCGUCACUCCAGGCAGCUGUGCAGGCCCUGCACUCAGAGUACAAGGUGACCAUCCCCCAGAGUAAGCCACUGUCACCAGGGGAAAUCCUGGGCUGCACUUCCCCACGACUUGAGACGUCUAUGGAUGCUGUUGUGUACUUGGGCGAUGGGCGGUUUCACCUGGAGUCUGUAAUGAUUGCCAACCCAGACACAAAAGCGUUCAGGUAUGACCCAUAUAGUAAAGUGUUCUCCCGGGAGUAUUAUAACCACAGCAUAAUGCUAAAAAACCGCAGCGAGGCCAUCUCAUCUGCAGUGGAUGCCAAAAUGUGGGGCCUUAUUCUUGGUACAUUGGGACGUCAAGGGUCACCCAAAAUACUGGAGCACCUGGAGUCACGUCUGCAGGCUCUUGGCUGUCGUUACGUGCGGCUUCUGCUGUCGGAAAUCUUCCCUAAUAAACUCCAGCUGUUCCCAGAGGUGGACGCGUGGGUGCAGGUGGCUUGCCCAAGACUCUCCAUAGAUUGGGGGACCGCCUUCCCUAAGCCUCUCCUUACUCCUUAUGAGGCCUCUGUUGCUCUCAAGGAAGCAGAAUGGCAGAAUACCUAUCCCAUGGACUUCUACUCAAACCAGUCUCUGGGUCCUUGGACUGUGAACCAUGAGUCUCACCGGCCGUCCCGUGUCUCUGCCAGGCAAACAAAGAAUCCUCGUCCCAGAAAGACGCCAGCUCCGGAUGAGUGUGUGAAGACGAUGGACUGCCAGUGUCGGGACGAGAGCCAGCCUUAGUGACCAUGUUGCAGUUGCAGUGUGAGCCUCCCAGGCCUGCCUUUCCGCUGAUUACUACAGACACUGAAGUCAUUUGCCACCUCCAGAAGAAAGAAAAUGAAACCGUGUGUUACGUCAGCUCCGUAAACCUGCGAAGUAUAACUCCCAUUAGCAGCUUCAUGACACUCAGGACCAAGAGAUCAUCCCCUAUUAACCUGUACAUAUUGCAGGGCCCACAGAACAUUGCUUUCUUAUUUUAUCUCAUUUUACAGCCCUGCAGUAAGAUGACUGGGGUCAGAUUGCACCCAGCGGCACCCUCUGUUUCUGUCUUGGGGUUUCCUGAGCCAUACGAUGUCUGCUGCUAAUUAAAAGCUCUGCUUAAUAAGGGCAUGCCUGAGCUGUAUGCUCCCCCCUCCUGCCGUUGCCUGGGAGAUGAAGAAUCAGAACCCACGAAGCCCCCGCUAUUGGCACAGACUGCAGUAUCCCCUCCUGUGAGAACCAAUCACCUCCUGCGUGGAGACCAACAGCACGCAGCUCUGUAAUGUCUAUGUGAUGGGAUCACAGGCUUUAAUGUUCCUUGGACAAGGCCCAGCAAUCGCUCUGCCUGCAGCUUCUAUCCAGGGAAGAGCUGAACUAGAAGGGUGUUACAUUGAUUGAAGUAAGAGAGUGAAUAAACAACAAACAGAUGCAGAGUAAAAGCCUUAAAAGGGUCCCAGUCAUGUGAACGUCCAAGCGCUUAAUUAUUUUAAUUUGAUUUUAGCAAUAAAGGCAAAACAUUGUUUACCUCUUGUGAAUUGGGAACAAGGCCUUGAGAACACAGCAGUUUGGGAACAGCUCCUGCAGAGAGGGAGAUGCAGGAAAGGUAAGCUGCUCUUCGCUGGUAGUAAUCCCAUUAUGACUUGGACGGUCAUGUGCUUGGCUGAUCUGUUAUAAACAUGAAAGUGAUGCAAAUACAGUAUACGCAUACUGUACCAUAUCUAUUCUAGAUGCACAAUUUCCCUGAUCUGUCUUUUCAGUUGCAAGAAAAUUAUGGUACAUGUCAUUUUAAGAAACAAUAUAGUUUACGGUAGCAGAUAAGCAUUUAUAUUCAUGGAGAAUUAAAAUCAAAUCAGUGUCAGCACUUAAGGAUUAAUAUCACUUAGCACUGUAGCGCUCACCAAUGUGGGCUGAAAGCUCAAUUAUAACAGUCAAUUCUAGAACACUGUGAUUAAACGGUUCAGUGAAAGCCACUGUCAGUUCAUAGAAGAAGGAACGGCGAUCGCAGUGUUCAGAGCAGAAUUCAACACAAAUAAUCAGUCUAGAAUAGAUACAGAAGCAUGUCAAAGCCUCCGUAAAUUUAGUUUUAAUCGCGUGUUUCUGCAAGCCACCACCCUGCAUCCUGCGUGUCCAAUUCUCUGUGUUCUAGAUUGGGAUAGUGAUUAACACUGGUGUUCAGUAAUAGUUCUAAUUAAAUUAAAGAAAAUGAUUCUAAUGAGAGAAAAUAAUAAUUGUGAAUGUGCUACUAAUUAAAAUGUAAUAAUAGGCAUUAUAAUGUGGACGCCAGAGGAAUUACUGGGAUCCGGCUUCUAGCAGCCCAGCAUGUUACCAAAUAAUUUAUAGCCCAUGCAUUUUUUACCUGUCUCCUUCCUCUUUAGCCAGCAUGUUCCAGGUAUGCUACGUGCAGUCUCAUGGAGUUGCGAUGACACAGGAUUUGUAAAUCUAGUCAAUGUAAUAAAUGUCUGUUACCGGCAACUAUGUUUUUUUCUGAAUCUGUUUAGGCUUAAGGCGUAUUCUUAAUAAACCCAAUUCUGCUGAA